UGGCGGUUAUGUUCACAGCACUCAAGUACCGUUUAGCACAAGCAAACUCGUUUACUGAUAUUUGAUCUAGCGUGUCAUUAUUUCAUCGGAUGAAGAUCGUUUUCUUAAAGCUGGUUCGUUGAUGACUGCACAUACAUAUUUAGGCGCAAAACGGACCCCUCUUUGGAAUAAAUUCAAAGAUGGAGGAUAUGGAGGUGGACCUACAGACGGUGGUACAGGUGCAUUCCAGGGAGGGGGAUGUGAUUGUAGUGUCUGAAUCUGACAGCAGCACAGAGGAAGAAGAUCCUCCCAUACAGACCACAGGCACCUCUGAUCGCCUCGGGCUUUCAUACGUUGGGAAUGGCCAAAGAGCACUUGUUUCAAAUGCAGAGAUCUUUACUCGUAACGGCCUCGGUACCACUGAAGUUCUUCAGUCGCUCAUCCGUACAGUGGCGGAGAUGCGAAAUACCUUCGAUCAGAACCUGAGAAAUACAUCACAGCCAGAGCCACAGACAGAACCUGUGCAAAGUUCAAGCCACACAGCCACGACAUUGACCACAACAACAACAUCAGACGUCAGUGUUCCUGCACAAGUGUCUGAAGUAACAGAGUCUGUCGCUCAACCACAAGCACAGCCAGAACAACCAAAACAAGACAAUGAGCCGGUCUCUGAGUCCGUACAGCAGUCUGCACCCGCUGUGAAUCCUGCCGCUCAGGGUGGUGGAGAUGAGGAGGAGGGCGAGACCUGCUCCAUCUGUUUUGAACCCUGGACCACGGCAGGCAACCAUCGCUUGGCCGCUCUUCGCUGCGGUCACCUCUUUGGCCACGAGUGUAUCAAGCGGUGGCUGGUGGAAGGAAAUAAAUGUCCACAGUGUAAUAAAAAGGCCAAACGUGACCACAUCAUCUUUCUUUAUGCUCGGAGACUCAAAGCCCUCGACAAUACGGAAUCAGUGCAACUGAAAAAAUCUUUAGAAAAUGAACAGAGGUUACGCAGAUUGGGAGAAGUGGAGGCCGCUCACUGUCGUCUGCAGUUGCAGACCGUGAGAGAUGAAAACACAAGACUACGGAAAGAUAUCGAGGAGUUGAGAAGGUUGAGAGCUCAGGUGGCCUUCAGUUCCUCACAGGGAGCGGCUCUGUCUUUAUCCCAGCGUCAGGAAUCGUCCAGCGGUGGACAUUAUGUUUUCUCUAAGGCAGUGCUUGUAUCUCAAGCAGGGGGCUGUCGGGUUUUAUCCCACUGCGAGCGUCUCGGGUGUCUUUUGGCGUCCCAGCCAUCACCACAAGCAGCAUUCAUACCAGGCUAUGGGGUGAAGAAGAUCAGCACUGUCAAUCUCAAACCCAGUCAGUACAUCCCCAUUCACUCCAAACAGAUCCGAGGUCUCGCCUUCAGCCAACAGCAUGACAGCUUACUGCUGUCCGCCGCCCUGGACAACACCAUCAAACUCACUAGCUUAAUGGCCAACACUGUGGUCCAAACGUACAACACUGGCAAACCCGUGUGGAGCUGCUGCUGGUGCCAUGACAACAACAACUACAUUUAUGCUGGUCUAAGCAAUGGCUCCGUGCUGGUAUAUGACACACGGGACACCAGCACUUUCGUCCAGGAGUUAGCUCCUUUGCGAUCCAGUUGUCCGGUGGUGUCUCUGUCCUACAUCCCCGGUGCCGCCUCCAGUUCAUUUCCAUGUGGCGGUCUCAUCGCCGGGACGCUGGAGGGUGGCUGCUUCUGGGAGCACAAGGAGGGACAUGUGUACAUGCCUCACAUUCUUCCUCUGGAAUCCGGUAACUGCACAGAUAUACAGGUGGAGCCGGACAGCAGACACUGUCUCAUCACAUACAGGCCUGGGCGAUCAAACCCAGCCUUGCGUUGUGUUUUGAUGGAACUCAAUCGAAGCCCCGAGUCAGACAACGGCCAGCCGCCUGUCUGCUCUUGUUCCCCAGUCCAGACCUUCACAGCCGGCUCCUCGUGCAAGUUACUCACCAAGAACGCUGUCUUUAAGAGUCCAGCUGGAGAGGGAUCCACAUUAGUGUGUGCUGGAGAUGAGAGCACAAACUCCACCAUGGUAUGGAAUGCCGGAACAGGUGCCUUACUUCAGAAAUUCCCUGCAGAUCUUCCUGUACUGGACAUCUGUCCGUUUGAGGUGAACCAGAGCAGUUAUCUGGCAUCUUUGACUGAGAAGAUGUUAAAGAUUUAUAAGUGGGAGUGACAUUGGGUGUGCCGGUCUACAGUAUUGAUGCAUUAUGACAGCUGCUACAUUUGCAAUAAACUCUAUCCAGAUUUUCUAUCAUGUUCUUUUUAUACUGUGUUGCUUCUCUGGCCCUGCAAUGAGACGACAGAUUAGAAAGGUCUUUUAUUUUGGUUACAUUUUCAGUCACUUGUGUUUUAAAUGUGAACAAUCAGUGUUCAAAUUUUUUUAUUGUAUAUAUGUAAGUGUUUUUAUUUAUUGUUUUAAGCUUUAAUAAAACAAUAAAUACCUUUGUUUUGAGAAACA